CGGAUGCACUCGGAGAGGUCUAGACCGAAGGCUGUUCAUGUCUUUGCAGCCAGCCAGUUCUGCACACUCCCGUCAUUCCACUCUUCUUCAACCCUCUUUCUCUUCUUGAAAGCUGUUGUAACCGCGAUUUGAUUGUUCUUUUCGACAAUUAUCGAAUGUGACGGAUAAAAAACUUUUUUCAGCGAUGUGGUACUAACAGCCUCUCUAGUGAUGGUAUCGCCCGUGUCCACGGUCUUAACAACUGCCAGGCUGAGGAGCUUAUCGAGUUCGCCUCUGGUGUCCAGGGUAUGGCCCUCAACCUCGAGGCCGGCCAGGUCGGUGCUGUGCUUUUCGGUUCUGACCGUCUCGUCAAGGAGGGUGAGACCGUCAAGCGUACCGGAAAGAUCGUUGAUGUCGGUGUCGGCCCCGCCCUUCUCGGCCGUGUCGUUGACGCUCUCGGAAACCCCAUUGACGGUAAGGGACCCAUCGAGGUUGCCGAGCGCCGCCGUGCUCAGGUCAAGGCCCCCGGUAUUCUUCCCCGACGAUCGGUCUUCGAGCCCAUGCAGACCGGUCUUAAGGCCGUCGACGCCCUUGUCCCUAUCGGACGUGGUCAGCGUGAGUUGAUUAUCGGUGAUCGUCAGACCGGUAAGACCGCUGUCGCUCUUGACACCAUCCUCAACCAGAAGCAGUGGAACGAUGGUGCCGACGAGAGCAAGAAGCUCUACUGUGUCUACGUCGCCGUCGGACAGAAGCGUUCGACCGUCGCCCAGCUCGUCCAGACCCUUGAGCAGAACGAUGCGCUCAAGUACUCUGUCAUCGUUGCUGCUACUGCCUCCGAGGCCGCUCCUCUGCAGUACAUUGCCCCCUUCACUGCCUCCGCCAUUGGUGAGUGGUUCCGUGACAACGGCAAGCACUCGUUGAUCAUCUUUGACGAUUUGUCGAAGCAGGCUGUUGCCUACCGUCAGAUGUCGCUUUUGCUUCGUCGUCCCCCCGGUCGUGAGGCUUACCCCGGUGAUGUCUUCUACCUCCACUCGAGACUUCUCGAGCGUGCUGCCAAGAUGUCUGAGAAGCACGGCGGUGGUUCCAUGACCGCCCUUCCCGUCAUUGAGACCCAGGGUGGUGAUGUGUCUGCCUACAUUCCCACCAACGUCAUUUCCAUCACUGACGGCCAGAUCUUUUUGGAGGCUGAGUUGUUCUACAAGGGUAUCCGACCUGCCAUUAACGUCGGUCUUUCCGUCUCCCGUGUCGGAUCCGCUGCUCAGGUCAAGGCCAUGAAGCAGGUUGCUGGUUCGCUCAAGCUUUUCUUGGCCCAGUACCGUGAAGUCGCUGCCUUCGCCCAGUUCGGUUCCGAUCUCGAUGCGUCGACCAAGCAGACCCUCAACCGUGGUGAGCGUCUCACCCAGCUCCUGAAGCAGAAGCAGUACUCGCCUUUGUCGGUCGAGCAGCAGGUCCCUGUCAUCUACGCCGGUGUCAACGGAUACCUCGACAACAUCCCUCUUGCCAGAAUCGAGGCUUUCGAGGUCGAGUUUGGCUCGUACCUCAAGACCAACGAGCCCGCUUUCUUGGAGGAGCUCGCUGCCAAGGGUGAGCUCUCGGCCGAGGGUCUCGCUAAGCUGAAGUCCGUCACCGAGACCUUCGUCUCCACCUUUGCUUAAGCGCUUUUCUGUGUAGUUGUCUUCUUCCUUCGUCUUUGUCGUUUGCGCGGUGAAGGGGGGGUGUGAGACUAUUAUAUAGACGUGUUUCUCCAGCAUGGGCAGAUAAAAUCAUUAAAGGGACAGACGCAGUCGGUUUAUAUUUUUUUAUUUCAUUGUUUAUCAAAGAAGUUUGGGAGGAGAUGUAGAAAGAACUAAAGAAGUUUUUCGAGAAAAUCUAAUAUAUUGAUUUUUCCAUAACAUACAAGUAGAUGAGGUAAAUGUAGUAGAUCAUCUUCAUUCUCUUUGAUAGAUUUAUUUCUUCUUUCCACUCUUUUAUUACUAUUCUGUGCGCUCGUUUAUUCUAUAGAAUUCCGCAAUAUGUCCUCAUUUGCUGUUUAAUACAUUCCCCCUCAUUCGUUCAAAUCACUAUUCCACGCAUCAAUAGCCACUAUUACAAUAAUAAAUAAUAACCAGCAAUGACGUCGAUCAUCACGAUCCUCUUCGGUUGAAGCAG